AUGUGUGGAAUUCUUACUAGAUCAACUCUAUUCUCGUUGCGCAUUGAAAGCACUAUGGAAAAAUUUUCUAAAUGGAGAGAUGCCAGCACCGGAAUUCAACCUUUCGUUCCUCCUGUGCCCUCACGAACGGAUUCUAAUUUGGAAGCAAAAUUUGCAUUGGUACUUGGAUUUGUUUUAAAACCCGUUCUAGGAAUUCUUAAGGUGUUAUUGGUUUGCGCGGACGCCUUAUUACUGUUUCUCUUGGUCGAUGUCAUCGGAUCAAUUCUGAUUUAUUUUAAGCCGUUGCACAGAGGAUUUUGUUUUGUCUUUACUUCUAUUUUGACACGUCUUGCGUUGUUUUUUAUGGGAUUCUUUUGGAUCCACACGGAGACUGUUUCCUUGCGGAGAGGACGCGGUAGUAUUUCAAAGACACGUGAAAGAUCAAUAAACAAAGCCAGGUCCGCUGAUAUAAUUAUCUGCAAUUGGACUUCUUAUAUCGAUUUAUUAUAUUUGGCGUUCAGGUUUAACCCAGUUUUCACACAGAUUUACUCCACAACAAAUACACUGCGACCGAUAUCCUUGUGGACUGCAAUUAGAUUAACAGGAUCAUAUCCUGAACUAGAGCCUUCUGGAGAUGUUAAAACUUUUAGCCUACGAGAAUUAGUAAAAGAAGCUAAAGAUAAUCAAUGGGGGCCAAUUGUAGUAUUUCCAGAAGGAACCACAUCAAAUGGACGAGCCUUGCUGAAGUUUAUUCCGAUUUUUAAAGAUUUGUCGAUUUCUACUUUAAACUUUUCAAUUUAUAUCCUAACUUUAAGGUAUGAAUACGAAAACCUUCCACCAACUUUUACGGUCGGAAGUAAGCUUUGGCACUUUAUGAAACUUUGCAGCCAGUAUAUUAACGUCCUACAUGUGAGAAUUCUUGAAGAGUCAAUAUCUUCAAACUUUACAGCUUCCAGCAUACAAAAUUCAUCACCUGCGCCUUCUUCCGCUUCAAAACAAGCAGACACGGUUGAUUUUCAGAUAUUGAACCUUGUGGGACAG